UAUGCAUUGUUAUACAUCUUGUCUAAAAGAACAAAUCAGUUGAGAAGAAACACAUCUGUAGCUCCAUGAGGCAAGAGAGCGCUUCCUUUGUUAUGACCAGGAGUAGAGGGGAUACAUUCUUGAGGGUGGUUGCAGCUUUUGCUGUCAAGCGGUUUGCCGAGAAAAAGAUUGAUCACUGCUAUUAUUUCACCACUUGGUACCUAAAAAUAUCUUCCUUUGCUAAUUAUUUUCAAACCUUGUAGUAACUAGCAAUAUUUAUUAAAAAUACUCUCAUUCAAAGCCGAUUAAGAAAAAUCCACUCUAGAUAUUAGAUUAUGAUGUAGGAAAUAAAACGUGCACAUCCGUACAUCGGGAAAUAGGGAUUCCAUGUGAACAGGACCUUUCAACGAACCUAUGGCAGUCUCUGCUGCACACGAGCCCGCUUUCGUUACUUAAAGCAAACGUGGUGCAGUUUAAGGCCUAGUGGAAGAUCACUAGCGAAAUUAUUCUUUAAAUGACAAAUCGAAUGUAUCCUCAUUUACUCAAUAAAUGUUCGUACCCGGAUUAAAUGUGAGGAAACUAUUUUAAAAAAACUGAUCUAGAACACUUACACUAUGAGUCUUCAUACACUGUCCAGUGUCGGAUGCCGUCAUGGAGAUAAAAAUAAAGCACUUCAAAGACUCGUAAGAAACGUUUUCUGACAUGAAACCACAGCUCACAUUUUUGUAGACAGAUCUCAACUUCUUGCUUUAAGGGAAUGGCACUCAGACAGUAGAAGAAAGUUCUCAAUGGUUAGAAUGUAUGUUCGUCUUGUCAGAACUUUUAAGAUUAAUGACCUGCCUUCAUAAAUGCCCUGUUUGCCAUAUUGUGUAUGUGCUCUUUACAAUCACCCUGGGUGCUAAAUUACAACACGGUGUCGAAAAACAGCAAGCGAACCCCCGUUGUUUGGAAUGAAGAACCACACACAGCCUCCCACACGAUACUGUGUUUAGAGACACAUGGUCACCGAAAGCCUUUUUAAUUGGAAAGAUUAGCCUACCUCCUUACCAGCGGUAAGAAAAAUUCAAUAUCCAGUGUUUUAGAUCAAUUUGAGAAAAUAAUGCAUGCCUUUUUCACCAGGCCAAGAAUUACCAUUGGCCAAUUUUGAUCAUGUGACGAGGAAUUGGAUGCAAUUUCGCCCUAGUCUUCAGUUUACAAGACCAAGGUCCCCAUACGCCAGUAAUAUCACUAUUAUACACAAUUAUUAAAGCCUGCAAAUACACAGUAGCGGGCGUUUUAUCUUUUUUAUAUAUUGUUUUGAUACCACACUUGCUUUCUGGUCAGGAGAAGCGAUGAAUUUUGAAUUUGAGAGGGAGAUUGGGUUUAUAAACAGUCAGCCUUCCCUCGCAGAGUGCCUGACGUCUUUUCCCGCUGUCCUGGAGUCAUUUCAAACUUCAUCAAUCAAGGACUCGACAUUAAUUCCUCCUCCUUUUGAGCACACCAUCCCCAGCCUGAAUCCCUGUUCUAGCAGCCAGGCGCGACCGAGAAGCCAAAAACGAGUUUCAAAUGGCCUCCUGCUCCGGACGGCGGCACAGCAGGGCCCAGCUCCGGCGGCGAACAACGGCCCGCCGGCACCCGAGUUCCCAUGGAUGAAAGAGAAGAAAUCCUCAAAGAAGAGCCAGCAACCGGCAAAUGUAACCAUCGUCUCCUCCCCCACCUCUGCUUCCUCCAGCUUAGCAGUUUCGGGACUGGAGUCUCCGACAGAGGCACAGAAUGGUUUGGACAAUGGAGGCAGCUCUCGACGACUUAGGACAGCCUACACAAAUACGCAGCUUCUGGAGCUAGAGAAAGAAUUUCAUUUCAAUAAAUAUCUUUGCCGACCUCGCCGAGUUGAAAUAGCAGCAUUGCUGGAUUUAACCGAACGACAGGUUAAAGUGUGGUUCCAGAAUCGGAGGAUGAAGCACAAGCGACAGACGACGCAUCAUAAGGAGGGCCAGGAAGGGGACUCUAGUGGGCUUGAACUCAUGGAAGGAGGUGAUGCAGCUUCUCCUUUUUCGAGCCAACUUUUGGACACGUCGGGCUCUACCCUCUCGGAAAACGAGACUUUGUCUUAUCCCAACAGCAGCGUCAAUAACCACCCCACCCCCUCGAAGACACAACCAACCAUCCAGAAGCGUACAUCAGCUCCGGACAAAACUGCGAUAUCGCCCCCGUAUCCAACGCCCACUGUAGAUAACCUUCCUACAAUAGACGAUGGCUGUGCAUCUGGCCCUGAUAAUUCGUUUUCAGAGUCACAGGAUGCCGACUCCCUCCCGGAUUUGAAUUUCUUUUCUACCGACUCCUGCCUACAGAUUUCUGACGCGUUGUCGCCUAGCCUACAAAGCUCGCUCGACAGUCCAGUAGAUUUUAGCGAAGAAGACUUUGAUCUGUUCACGAGCACCCUUUGUACUAUAGAUUUACAACAUUUGCAGUUCUAACAAAGUAAUUUACUUUAGUUGAAAUGUGCUCAGUGAUUAUUAUGGAGAUUAGGCUACAUCAUGGUAUGAUUGGAAAAUUAACAAACGUUAUGUCGGGUUAUGAUCUAGAUAUGAACGGCUUAUAAUGUGAUAUGGGAACGAAUAUUUCCAUUUUCUGAAACAUUUAAGCAUUUCAUUGAAUUGUAAUUCCAUCGGGAUUGCACUGUGCAGAUGUCAGGUAUUUAGUUGGUUUGAAUUUGUCUUAUUUUAUUUGGAUUGAUUUAUGGACCACACAGGAGUGCGGCAGAAGAUCAGUGUAGCCUAAACUCAAUCGUUGAACUCUCAGGAAGAACAUUCAUACUAAAAGGGUGUUGUCCCUCUUUAUGAGUUUUAGAAAUAGUUUAUUUAUUGAAAUUCUUUAAUAGUAAAUUUCAAAAUAUUUAUUGUACAUUAUUUUCAUAGUUGAAAUAAAAGAAAACAUUUAUAUGCCGUAGUAUGUGUUUUGAGCUUGUUUUCCAAUUGCGCGACUGAUUGCCUACAAUUGCUUGUGUUUAUUUAGGCUACCUCACCAUUAAUAAGUGAAAGCAUACCUGCCUCAGUCUAGGGUUUCUACCCUCAGAUUGUAAUGUUUUGAUAGUUCUGCUUUUCAAUUAUUCGUGUAAAACGAAUAAUUGCAAUUUAGUAAUGUGGUAACGAUGCUCCAUAAUGAAAAGAGAUUCCUGUUAGCACCUCUUAAUUAUACGAUACUGAUUCUAUUUAAUAGAAAUAUCGAAGAUUUUAAUUAAUACAUUUGAGAAUUUUCUCAGAGAAACGAAGUGACAAACAUCAAUGUAAUUUGUACUGUCCAACAUAUAGGCCGAGUUGUACAUGGGAUAAACAUGAAAAUAUUUCAAACGCACUGUUUGGGUAAGCGCAUAUACAGGAAACAAGCCUUUCGAAUUCAAAUGUAAUGUAAUACCAAAAUGUACGACAGCUCAAUUUUUAUAAAACUGACUUCACUUUUACAGCCAAUAGUGAUUCAGUUUCUUUGUCUGGAUUACCAAGUACCAUGCCAAAAGUGUUUUCUUCUGAACAACUCAUAUAUCUAACUACUUUAUGAAUGAAGAGAGGGUCAGGAAGUAAUCAAUCCCCGUGAUACAGAAAUAAAUCAUAUUACGUCGUUGCUAUGUCAUCGGCGUCUCUACCUGGCUCAACACAAAUUUGGCCGGAGGUGAAGUUUAGUUAAUAUUGAGGCAGAACUGCGGUUCAUCUGACAGCGUCUGUAGUUGCCGUAGCCUGGUUAUAAAAUGGCGGUUAAACCACAAUGGACGACAUGAACAAUAGGGGAGCAGCCAUUAUAGAACACACUGGGUCAGGAUUAAAGACCAUUGCGUAUUACUUUGUGUUUACAUUACGGAUAAAGAAUAGACUCUGCUACACACAUUGAUGAUAGAACGAUGCAAUGAAACAGAUAAUUUUAAACUAGUAUUUACGGAAUUUUUUGUAUUUAUUAUAAGAUGGACAUAGAGAGAAUGGCUAUAAUAAUAUUAAGA